AUGGAUAACCCCUUUCCUCCCCAGUGCCCCUCUUCUCCUCCGACUAAGAGGUCACCUUCAGCCCUAGGCGGUGUGCCCCUGGACCAGAGGCUGAAGAAGGGGCGGAGCGUCACGCUCAGCCCUGUAAUGCCUGGCAGCCCCUCCGGCUGUUCGACACAGCCUGGUUCCAGCCCAGAGGCAGCGGAGGGGGAGUCGAGGCUGCCCACGGCUGUCUGCCCUGCACUGCUGGAGAAGGCUUUGGUGUUUCUGCAGAGCUCAGCAAUGGCUGAGAACUCAUCUGUGGCAGUGGCACCAACAGCAGCACCAACCAUGCUAGAGGAGCUCCUGGAGAUCACGGCUCAGAGCCUGGUGCGCACUGAAGUGGCUGAGCACUAUGAGGUUAUUCGGGAGCUGGGCAGGGGCAAGUACGGCCAUGUGAUGCUAGUGACCCACAGGCAGAGAGGAACUCCUAUGGCUCUCAAGCUGCUGCCCAAAGCCAGUACCAAGCUGCACACCUUCCUGUAUGAGUACUGUGUGGCACUCUCCCUUGCCACCCACCCUGCUAUCAUUGGCAUGUUUGGAAUUGCAAUCGAAUCCAGUCAAUAUUAUGGUUUCCUGUAUGAACCAGCAAUGCACAAAGACCUCAUAUCAAUCAUCAAACCCAGGGAUGGGAUCCCUGAACCAGCUGCCAAGCAUUGUGCCAAGCAGCUUGUGAGUGCUCUGGAGUUCAUCCACAGCCGGGGGCUUGUGUAUCGUGAUGUCAAGCCUGAGAAUGUGCUGCUUUUUGACCCUGAAUGCCGGCGCAUCAAACUGACUGAUUUUGGGCUUACACGGCCCAAGGGUACCAAGCUCAAACUGGUGGCUGGAGUAAUCCCCUACACCGCCCCUGAACUAAGCAAUACCACUGAUGCCCAAGGGGUGCCCAUAGAUGCCAGCAUGGAUGCAUGGGCCUUCGGUGUGCUGCUGUUCUGCUUGCUGACUGGCUAUUUCCCUUGGGAGCAAAGCCUGCCCAAAGACCCUUUCUUUGAGGAUUUCAUGCUGUGGCAGGAAACAGGCCUGGAAGAGAACUUGCCUCGCCACUGGAAGCGCCUGACAGCUGAGGCCGCUCUCAUGUUGCGGAGCCUGCUGGCUCUGGAUCCUGCCAAGCGUUGUCCUGUUGGUGGGGCUCUGCGCUAUGUCAAUUGCCCUUGGCGUCAAGAUGAGGGGCACAGUGGGGACGCUGCUGUGAAGCCCUAGAGCCUGCUCCCCACAGGGGAGGGAAGUCACCUUGCAAUGAGGUGUGGGGCUGAGGGCAUCACAGUGGGCCUCCAGCAGUGUGGCUGUGAGAUGUGCCAUGGUAACCCAGAGAUCAACUUCUCCACAGCACUAUCCCUACCAUCAUGGAACCAAGCUCCUUCCCCAAGAUGGUCCUCACUCUAAGCUCAUCGUUGUCCAUUGCCACCUCCUUCCUUGGGACUUGAAAAUAUCUCCUUUCUCACACAGAUGAGAAAUGUUCACACAUGAUGCUUCAUGUGUGAAGCAUCAAUUUGUAUCCUGCCACUGGACACUCCGAGGUGGUUUCUGGGGAUGCAGCACCUGCAUUACCUUUGAAAUAGAGCAGAUAUCUACUU